AUGGCGACAAGGGAAGAGUUAAAGAAAGUCGUUGCGAAGGGGAUUGUCAAGAGAAGCGAGUUGGUCAAAACACCGUCACUUUUGUUGUGCGAUGAGUUACUUGAAAUUGCCAUGGAAGUGAAAAGAAUAGGUCUGUCGCUCACGCAUCGCCACGGCAUCUUGUUGGGUGAAGAACUGUCGAUACGAGUGGCGUAUGAAAGGAUGGCUUUAGAAGAGAAUGACGUGGAUGAAACUCGGGUGAGUGAAUUAGAAAGAAGAUUAAGUACUGCGGUUAAAGAAGCCGAGUUUUUAGGAGACAUCGACUUACUCUUGAGACUUUACCAAACACAAUUUGACUUUUACUCGCAAUGCAAUGAUUUGAUGAAUAUGAUUGAGACGAUGUAUAAAGCAAAUUCGGUCUAUCGCGAUUCUACAAAGACGGUGAAAUUGGUCGAGCUCUUCUUCAAGUACAUAAGAAUACUUAACUCAAUUAGACCAAAAGAAGACCAAGAGAAGAUGAUUGGAGACAAAAUGACCGACGCGAAUUGUCGAUGUAUGAUCGAAUUACAAUCAUUGAGACAAAACAACGACUUCAAUUAUCAAGAAUUUGUCAAUAAGAAUUUCAACAUGAUGUAUCAGGUGUUCACCUACAUUGCUGUGAUGUUCACCGACCACUUGAUUUACGACUUGGAUUCAGAAGAACAAAAAAUUGGAAAAACGGCAUUUGAAUUAGCCUUGGAAGUCGCAACAAUGGUCAACGAGGCUGACCUUAUUUGUGCGUGUUGGGGCCACCGAGUCAACGCGUACUUUGGAAGGUCGAGCGAGAAAGAAAAAGAGGAGAUGAUUAAGCACUUGAAAUUCCUCAAAGAGAAGUAUAAGCCCAAAGAUACUACCAUCGACGAAACGCUUCAAGCCAUCGAUACGGGCAAGCACAUCCGAUUGAAAAACUCUGAUAUUGGUGUUGAAGAGGAUUUAGACCACGAGUCUACCAUUAAGUGA